GCGGAGGUCGGGAAGAUGGCGUGGAGAGGCUGGGCUCGGAGCAGCUGGGGCUUCGGUAGCCCGGUGUGGGGGGCGCCGGGAGCCGGGGGCCGGGAGCUCCGCGCCGGCCGAGCCCCCGCCCUGCUGCUGGGCCCCAGGUUUAACUUCUUUGUUCAGUUGAAAAACGGAUUCAGAAAAGCCCCCAGAAAGAUUGAGCCUCGACGCCCAGAUGGAGGCUUCGUCAGUGACAGCUAUAAGAGGAGCGCUUUGACUCCUCCGGUGGAAGAAACUCUCCUUUAUACGUCUCCCUAUCCUCUAAGGAACCUCGUGAAGCCUUUGUUUUUUACUGUUGGGUUUACAGGGUGUGCAUUUGGGUCAGCUGCUAUUUGGCAGUAUGAAUCCCUGAAAUCCAGGGUCCAGAGCUACUUCGAUGCUGUAAAGGCAGAUUGGUUGGAUAGCUUAACGCCUCAGAAGGAAGGAAACUUCAGAAAGCAGAUUAACAAGUGGUGGAAUACCCUAUCUGAUGGCCAGCGAACUGUGACAGGAAUCAUAGCUGCCAAUGUCUUUGUGUUCUGUUUGUGGCGAGUACCUUCCCUCCAGAGGUCAAUGAUCAAGUACUUCACGUCUAAUCCAGCCUCUAAAGCCCUUUGCUCCCCCAUGUUGCUCUCCACCUUCAGCCACUUCUCCUUGCUGCAUAUGAUGGCGAAUAUGUACGUCUUGUGGAGCUUCUCCACCAGCAUAGUCAAUAUCCUGGGGAAGGAGCAGUUCGUGGCCGUCUACUUGUCUGCAGGCGUCAUUUCCACUUUCGUCAGUUAUGUCAGCAAAGUGGCCACAGGGAGAUUCGGACCAUCUCUCGGUGCGUCAGGAGCCAUCAUGACCGUCCUGGCAGCCGUCUGCACGAAGAUCCCUGAAGGGAAGCUGGCCAUCAUCUUCCUCCCCAUGUUCACCUUCACUGCAGGAAACGCCCUGAAAGCCAUCAUUGCGAUGGACACAGCCGGGAUGAUCCUGGGGUGGAAGUUUUUCGAUCAUGCGGCACAUCUUGGGGGAGCUCUUUUUGGAAUAUGGUAUAUUACCCAUGGCCAUGAGCUGAUUUGGAAGAACCGAGAGCCACUAGUGAAAAUCUGGCAUGAAAUGAGGACUAAUAACCCCAAGAAAGGAGGUGGAUCCGAGUGAUCCUGUCAGAGGAGAGUCGUGCCUCGGUGUGGCCCCGUGUAGAAGACACAGAGACAGACGCCCCUCGAGUCCCAGCAUCUCAGCUGUAGCCCGGAAGCCCAGGCCUAGGCACCUGGAGGGCCUGGAGCUGUAAUGGUAUUUCCAGUAGGAAGUGAAUUGAGAGAAAGUUGGCCCAAUAAAUGUUUCUGUCUCUA